GCACUUCCGGUGGUCUGCAGGAGCAGAGCUGCUUCAGUGUAGCGUCGCGUCUUCACACAAACAGCUGGAGAUACCUGAGCGCUUCACUGUGUGGGAAUGCCUUAAAAAUGAACGUCUCCAUAAUGCAGAGCAGUGGGACUGGAGUGUACUAUCAGGCAAUACCAGCAAUGGGAGCUGAUGGGAAGAAUCUGAUGACAUUAAUUCCUGUUAAGAAAGUAAAUGGACAAUUUGUUCACACACGGCCACUUCCAGCAAAAAGAGGCCGUCAAUCUGCUUGCACAGCUCCUGUAUCUUUACCACAGAAUGGCUUUCCAACGGUCAAGCCAAUUGCAGAUGGACAUUUUAUCUUACAAACCCCACUGGAAGUCAACACAGUUUUAACCUCUGUAAACACAGAGCAUCAAAAAUCUACUACUGUAUGUAUAAAUACAGCCAACCAAGUACACACCCCGCUCGCCCCCCAGAAAAUUACCCAACACAACUUCCAAUUAGCUACUCAGGCUGAUAAAGUUGUGAUGGUUACUAAAAGUCCACAGGUUACUAAUGCUGUCAAAUUCCCCAUGUUUACCAGUGGACAUUAUCUUCAGAUCCCUCACAAUGCCAUGGUUAAAACUUUACCUGCUACUGCUCUCCCACUGUCCAUCAAAAACAGAGUAUGUAGUUCAACCAAUGCCUCAUCUAACUCUGCAAAUGAUUUACCAAUGGUAGUUUAUGUUUCUCCAGUCAUUUCAGUAAAACUUGAUCAAAAGUCGCCAAGCCUCACAAGCUCAGCUGAAGUUCAGCCAGUGUUGGGUCAAACACCAGUGUUGGGUCAAACACCAGUGUUGGGUCAAACACCAGUUGCAAGUUCUGUGGAUCAGUCUGUUACAUUUAGUCCCAGACCAAACCGGGAAGGCAACACUCCAAUGAAAUGGGUGGUUCAAGAAAGAGCAGGAGUCAGUGCUCCAUACCUUAUACCAGUGUCCUCACCCAACAUGACAACGGACAUCUUAAAAGCGGUCAAGCAAAUAAAAUCAGUAAGACAUGAGAAUGAAGUUACAGUAGGCGACGACGCAUCUUCCAACCAAGAAAAGGUCAAUCCAGGAAAGGACAAUGCCCUCGUCAUGUGCAACGGAAAAGUGUUUUUUGUGGCUAAAAAGAAUGGUGAGAGCACCAAUGAUGCGAGCGCGAAUUAUGUGAGCACCAAGGAUGUGAGCACCAAUGCAGGAAACAAGAUGCACCACAGAAACGCUGCCCAACCUUCUGCUACCAUCUUGGGGUCUUCAGCAUUUAAUGUGGCUCAAAAGCAAGACCCAAAAAACACAGAAACCAGUAAAAAAACAAGUGACGUCAUUGAUUUGUGUGGCGAUGACGACGACGGCGUAACCUGCACGCAAUCAGUUCAGGUAACGGUGCCAAGUGAAACAGAGAGUGACAGUGAGGAGGACUCUAAUGUGAUAUUUGUGUCAUACAUUCCACCAACGUCAGUAGAUGCUGGCACCACCGAGAAAGGUACAGCUGCAGCCUCCCCGAACACUUGUACGAAAGACACGGACACCUGUAAAUUGGGUACAGGAAUCACAGACAAAGGCAGUGAAGUGACUGGCACUAGCAGCACCGACUCUGAUGGUAGUAAAUCUGCAGCCGCUGAACCUGCACCUGAAAGCACAGAAGCUCAGACAGAGCAGCCGGAACUAAUUAUUAAUGAUGAACAUCAUGAUGCUGAAAAGACUAUUGAAAAAACAGACUCGGACCAGAACCACCGACCAAAAAGUGAUUCCGAACUCAGACAGAUUUUUGGGAUCGUCUCUGAUUUACGAAUUUCUUUGCAAAAAAUAAAUGUAUUUGAAAAGUCGCUUCCACAAGAAGAGACGAGGUACAUUAACAAGCGCACACUGGAGGGCAUCCGCAAAAUGAUCCGUGACUCAAAAAUAGAGACAAAAAUUAAACAACUGAUUCAGGAACAGGUUUCCAGCCCCAAAUCAGAACAAGGUGGCCCGCAAGAUAUAAAAAGACCAAGGUUGGAGGAGGAUGAAGGGAAUAACAAUCCAAAGACGUCAUCUUUUAGUUCUACUCUUCCAAAAACACUAGCAUGUGACGUUGAGAUGCAGAGUGCGUCCAUUGAGCAGAGCACUGACAGUACAACGAUAGAAACACCUCAAGAUUUGGAAUAUGACGUUCCGUCCGCUAGAGCUGUUUGUGAAGAUUCAAAGCAAGCUACCAGUUUACCCUCCUCUACUCCUAUAUCAGAAACUGUACGGACUCAGAAUGCAAAGGCUCAUAAAAACAGCCAUGCUUGUUGUACUGAGUUAAGAAAACCUCUUCCUCGACAAAGCAGAGGCUGUGGGAGAGUGUGCACCGCAUGUCCAUGUGGGACUAAAGUGGGAGGGGUGGCUGCAAAUUCAGCAACCAAACCGCAGGAGAUGCAAAACACGUCCUCCAGCACUGAUGCCAGUGAAACAAGCAGAGGUGCAAACACGGUGGUGGCAAAUUCAGUUUCAAAGCCAUCGAGUGGCUAUGGCCAAUCAGAAAAGUCCAGGGACAAUUUGGUACAUUCAAACCCAUCACAUAGUAGUAAGGAUAUGAAACGUUGUGCGCCGACAGUUGCCUCUUCAACGAGCCAACCAGUGAGUGAUGGUGAAUCUUCAGCAGAAGAAAGGUGUAGUAGCUCAAUGGACCCGACACAACACACGACUGAGAGAAAUAUAAGAAGCGUUCCAGAAACAGCCACACACAGAGUGGUGAACUCUGCUUCACGUAGACAAUCAAACAAUGUCCAUUACAAGAUCCCUUGUGAGCUUUACUCCUCUGUUGUACUGGAUCCUGAGGAGAUAAAGCGUCAGGAGAGAAUCAAACGCCUUAAAGAUCUCUUGAGACAAAAAGAAGCCGAACUUGAGAAGUUGCGGAAGAGCAUGUGAGACUGGCACAUAUAAAUUUCUUUAUGAUGGCAGCAUCUCAUACUGAUAUUUCAGGCAGAAUUGGUAAAAAGCAGCAUUGUUAUGCCUAUUUAGUUUCAGUGGUUUUAAUGUUGACAAAAAGAUGCCAUUUUGAUACUGUUAAAUCAGCUGUUUCUUUGUGGAAUUGUAUAUACUGUAUGUCAAUACUUCAGACACAUUUAUAUUCCGCUUGUGUAUUUUUUGUAACAUGUUCAUGAGGUUUCUUCUUCUUCAAAAAAAAAGUUUUUACCGUUUUUCUAAAUUAUUUGUAACAUCUCUGAAAGGCCUGUAUACUUUUGUGUUAAAGAAUACCUUUCUCUUUUUUAAAUAUUUUCUUUAUGCAUUUUCUCCCCUUUUUCUCCCCCUUUUAGCGUGUCCAGUUGCCCCAUUGCAUCAUGCUUUCUCUCCACCAAUGCUGAUCCCCGCCCUGAUUGAGGAGAACGCCCCCUCCGACAUGUGGGCAGCAUGCCGUAUGCAUCUUAUCACCUACACAUUGACGAGUGCAGUGCAGCCUAGCUGCGUGUACGGAGGGACACACACUGAGAGCACUCUUUUCUCAUCUCUGUGCAGGUGCCAUCAAUCAGCCAGCAGAGGUCGUAAUUGCACCAUUCAUGAGAGAGAGACCCUAUCUGGCUUAGUCCUGCCCAUAUGAACAACAGGCCAGUCGUUGUUCAUGUGGCCGCUCAGCCUCGGCCGGCAAGGCAGAGCUGAAAUUCGAUACGAUGUAUUCGAGAUCCCAGCUCUGGUUCCAGCGAAUGUUUUUACCGCUGCGCCACCUGAGCGGCCCAAAGAAUACCUUUCUGAAUUGUUGUGUACAUUUCCAACAACUCAUAUUGUUUUAAAAUGUUAUUCAUGGCACCCAGGUGGUGCAGCGGGAUAUUCCGCUAGCAUACCAGCUGAACUCCUCGGUUCAGAACUCGACGUUGCCACCGGUCGGCUGGGCGCCAUCUAGCAGGCAUAAUUGGCAGUGCCUGCAGCAGACACGGUUCUGCUAGGGUAGGGAUGACCGGACUAUGUGGGUGGGGUCUUCAAAUUCUGUGUAAGGACCCUAAUUGGCAGUUAGAGAGGAUUGCAUGUGCAGAAUGCAUGGGUGAAAAAGGGUUCCGCUAAGGGCUGCGUGUGGGUUGGAGGAGGCGUGAGCAGCAAUAUACCCACCUCGACUGCAAUCGGGGAUCCCCCAGCAGCGGAAGACAAAUUGACUACACAUAAUUAAAAUAGAAAAUAAAUAAAUAAAUACAAUAUU